AUGGAUAGAGUCCGAUAUGAUAGACUACUAACCUCGGAGACAUACACCUGGAAUUCGCUUUUUGACGAUCUAUCACUGUUGUUUCUUAGUUGUUGUCUUGUUUCCUGUACAAAAUAUAACAAUUAUCCAAUUACGUAUCACCAGCAAUCUCUCAUCGUUCAUGGAGUAAAAUACGGUGGGAGCCAAGGUGUUCCUCCUGACGCCAACUCUGUCGCAUUUCCUCGUAUUUCUGCGCUUCUCUGCCUUCUUUCGCCCUCUCUCUUCGCCCUCACAUUUAUAUAUACAGCACUCAUUUCUCGGGCUCCCCACGACCCCAUGUUCAACUUCACCGACCCUAGUGCUCACCAGCACCCACUCUUUCCUUCUCAGCCUCUCGUACCCCCUGUCUCAUACCACCAGCAAGACUACAACUCAUCGUACACCUCCGCGGAACCCCACUUACGACAACCACGGCUCGUUUCAAUUUCCCGCACGCUUCAGGCUCGUGGACACCCGCGCCACGAUGUCGACACCCACAAUACCGACCAGGGCAUGCACCACCAUGACGGUCAUCACGUCAGUCACGACAGCUGGAACUCCUUCUCCGACUCCAGCUCCUUCGUGCAGUCCUACCAGCGACACGCGCCCGACGCGUCUCAUCUCCGCGCUACCAAUGUCUCCUAUCACACACCCCCGCCUUCCGUGCCUUUGCAACCAGCCUUUUCCAACUUGAACGAAUUGUCUCCAUUCGUCACCACCAUAUCUCCAACCAAUACCCCGACACCGCCCCCAGAGUUCUCAUCGCGCACGCCCUUGCCUGCUAUGAGUGGAUCCCUGUCCGAGCAAUCGGAUUCUGACUUCUGGCCUCGGAGUCAGACGCCCGCUGCCUCCGGAAUCUCGCGUGUGAGCCCCGCAGUCCCGGAACGGGCUGCGUCCGACCCACCGAAGCCUCGACGGGCGCGACGUGAGCGGCCGCGCAUUGCCCUCGCGCCGGACCAGCCACCGACUACGCAAGGGAAGGUUCGGGCCCGCGUUUACGUGGCGUGUGUGCAGUGCCGCACGCGCAAGAUUCGGUGUGACGGUGCGAAGCCUGUCUGCCACAACUGUGGACUUCGCUCGAAUGGCUGCGAUGGGUGUAAUUAUGACCCUGCCCCCAAACGUCGCGGGCCUGACAAGAUACCAGGCGGUCGCCAGCGCAGGGAUCCUAUGAACGAGAUCGACGGCCUUCCCCGACGCCGCCGUCGCCGUACUACCCGCGAGUCCGACAGCUCGACGUCCGAAUCCAACGUAACGACCCUUCGGCAUCUUCAAGCGGACGGUAUCGCAGACUCUCGUCCUCAUUCGAGUUGUUCUACGCCCUUCAAGCGCGAUUCAUCGAGCGAUAUAUCCAGUACCACCAGUGAAUUCAUGUCGGCAUCCGACUACUCGCGUUCUCCGUACAACGCAAUAGGGCGCCAUCCUAGCCUUACUCAGCCCUCGGAUCUCCCUCCCCCGAGCGAUCUUUUCGAUCCGAGAAAGCCCGCAACUGUUGGAUCUUAUGACUAUCAUUGGGCGUAA